CGCACUUCAGAUAGAAAGCAGUUUCCUCUUGGCCCAACACACACAGCAGCUUAUCGCGCGAAAACUACUUGGGAUUGAAAUCUUGGCGCAAUAUUCUCCCUUCUCAAUUGUUUCUUCAAGCUCGGUAAAAUUUUGAUUGGGUUGGAAAAUGGUUUUGUGAGAGAAAUGGAACAAGUAGAUGACUCCCAAUCCAAUUCAGAGAAUCCCGAAGCGAGAAACUCGACUCUCAACAGUACAUCAAGUAGUGGAAUUCCAAUGUCAGAUGUCGCCAUUUUUAAAUACUGCCUGGCGGGUUUAACUGAGAAGAGUCUUCUGCUUAAGGAGAUUGCAACCUCUGCUUCUAAUGAACAACUUCAGGAUUUCGCCCAUCAGGUUUCGCUGUAUUCAGGAUGCUCACACCAUAGGCACCAAAUAAUAAUGGCAAAGGCAUUGGUUGAGGAAGGAACUAAAGCUUGGAAGUUGAUCUCACAAAACAGUGACCAGGUUCAAUGGGAGAGUGUGGUUUUUGAAAUUGAAGACCAAUUCAUGAAGAUUGCUUGCUGUAGGUCUAGAUCUCUCACACAACAGGACUUUGAGCUACUAAAGAGAAUUGCUGGUUGCAAAGAAUAUCUGGCCCAAGAGAACUUUGAAAAGAUGUGGUGUUGGUUAUAUCCUGUCGCUUUUACAUUAUCAAAAUAUUGGAUAAAUACAAUGUGGAGUUCAACAACACCCAAGUGGAUAGAAGGAUUCGUUACUAAGGAAGAAGCUGAAUCUUCUCUUCAAGCUUCAAGGGGUUUCCAGAAACCUGGUACAUUUGUACUCCGAUUUCCCACAUCAAGGAGUUGGCCUCAUCCAGAUGCUGGAAGCUUAGUUGUAACCUAUCUUGGCAGCAAGUGCACCAUUCACCACAAGCUUAUUUCCCUGGAUAAUAUUGUUAGUUCUGAGGCAAAGAAUGCAAAGCCCCUGCAAGACAUGCUUCUUGCGGAGCCCGAACUCUCUCAAUUGGGAAGGAUAAUAAGAAGUCACUAAGCUCGCUGGGAAUUCAUAUUACUAUUCCGUUUUUGGGCAAUGUAUUCCAUGUAUUAUCUUUGUGCGUUUUAUGUAUAUAUCUAGUCCUUUUUGCCAUCAUCAAUCAAAAUGGAAAGUCCAUUAUGUAAAAACAUGGUCACCAAGAGAGUUACACUCGGUUAUUAGUUAGUCACAAAGAUAAUACGAGCAUUUUCCUGUCCAUUUAGAGACCACAGGAAUACUGACAUCUUGUCACUUCGUCAAGUCAGAACUCAGAAGGAACUCGCUUGUCAUCGGUCAGAUAAUUCAUAAUUUUACAAUA